GUUUUCUGUGAUCUUUCAGAUUUUUAUCAUGAUAAAGAACUGCAGGGGCGACAUGAUAACGUGGAAAGUUGGAAAGAAAGUGUUGUGUGAGUGUUUACCCCGGUUGCCACUCGAAUCUUGCGGGUGCCUGUGAAGCAUAAGAACCCCCGCUAGCCAAUGUGGUUUGGUCAUGUGUCCUCAUUGACGAAACUUGCGAAUGGCUACCACUGAAGUGGAGCAGCAGCCCGAAGGUGGGGACGGGCUCUCGAAAGUCGGAAUCACUCUGGGAGAAAACGGAAUCUCUUCCGAUGGCAAAUCCACCAUCGGCAUGUCCACAGCGACGACAACGACAUCGUCGGGUAACAAUGGAAUGAUCCCAAGCCCAGGUGAAUCCUACGGGUCCGGUUUGAUUCGUGCGCCCGCCGCGAUGCCUUUGGCUGAGACUCAGCAUCUCAAUGUCCAGCAUAUCAAACAAGUGCCGAACUCGCGUUUCAGUGGUCAGUACGGUGAAAUAAACGGUCCGCGAUCGCCCGGCGAACAACCGAACUAUAGCCCAUAUCCUCACGGAUAUCCCGCACACAACUAUCCACGGCACGCCAUUCCGACUACUCCCACAUUGAACCAAUUAUUACAGACUCCGAAUCCAGGGCCAGGAAAUAUGCCCUGGCGUCCUUCCCCAACAUCUUUGCCACAUUAUUUGAACCAAACGCCGGGAAUGACUCAAAACCACCUCCGCCCACCUGAGCCACGUUUGCCAUCCUCUGCUCCCUACGGUGCUCCGUAUCCGCCAACCUCGUUUCCAAAUGCAGUCUCUUCCCUCAGGGGCCCUGGCUAUCAUCCGGGACAAAUCAUGAAGCAGGGAUUCCCCUCUGCUCCGAAGUCCCGAAAAUCCUUCUCUAGUUGGGCUAGAAGCAAAGGAGAAAUAAUCUGCGUGCGAGUAACCGGGGAUAAUCAAACGAUCAAGUUUCCACGAAAACAGGGUUACAAUUUCAUGGCAGGUCGGUUCGAGUUAUUCUACAAGUUGGAAAAGUACACCGCGAAUUGUCGAUAA